CGCUUUUCCACGUGUGGAAAGCAAGCCUCAACUGCAACAACUUCACAUGGACUUUGAUCUCCUACAUAAAAAUGGAAGAUAUAGCAGAACCAGUGCCAGUAGCCGUUUCGGAAGCCCUUGUGGAGCAGCAAGCUCCUAAAGCAGUAACCAAGCCUCUAAAGAAAGGUGGCCAACUGCUGGAGGAGUCUAAACAGAGGAGUAUAGAUGUAGUCACUGGUACUCAGUCGUUGCUGACUGUGGUGAUCCUGGUAUUGGCCUGCAUAGUGGCAUUCUCCAGUCGGUUGUUUGCAGUCAUUCGAUUUGAGUCCAUUAUCCACGAGUUUGAUCCAUGGUUCAACUAUCGAGCAACUCACUACAUGGCCAUGAACGGGUACUACAACUUCCUCAACUGGUUUGAUGACAGAUCUUGGUAUCCCCUCGGCAGGAUCGUGGGUGGGACGGUGUACCCCGGGCUCAUGGUUACCUCCGGCUUCAUCCACUCGGUUAUGAACGGUCUCAACAUCUCAGUGCACAUCAGAGAUGUGUGUGUGUUCCUGGCACCUGUCUUUAGUGGACUGACGGCAGUGGCUGCCUUCCUCCUCACUCGUGAGGUGUGGAACUCCAGAGCUGGUUUAUUGGCUGCUUGUUGCAUGGCUAUUGUACCUGGCUAUAUUUCUCGCUCCGUGGCUGGUUCUUAUGACAACGAGGGCAUCGCCAUAUUCGCUCUACUCUUCACAUAUUUUUUGUGGCUCAAGUCUGUCAAAACUGGCUCAGUCAUGUGGGCAACAGCUGCUGCUCUGUCGUACUUCUACAUGGUGUCUGCAUGGGGAGGCUAUGUGUUCAUCAUCUGUCUGGUUCCCCUGCAUGUGUUUGUCUUGCUGCUCAUGGGACGCUUCUCAUACAGGAUCUACGUUGCCUACACCACGUUUUACCUCCUGGGACUGAUUAUGUCCAUGCAAGUCCCGUUUGUUGGGUUUCAACCAAUCAGAACGAGUGAGCACAUGCCGGCAGCUGGUGUGUUCGCCCUCCUCAAUGCCUAUGGUUUUCUGGUGUACCUGAACUCAAAGUUGACAGGGAAACAAUUUCGGAGGUUGUUUUUUGGUGCCGUGACAACCAGUGCUGGGCUGGUGUUUGUGGGUGUGGUGGCUCUGACAUACUUUGGCUAUGUUGCUCCGUGGAGUGGGAGGUUCUACUCGCUGUGGGACACUGGGUACGCCAAGAUCCACAUCCCGAUCAUUGCAAGUGUGUCUGAGCAUCAACCCACCACUUGGACCUCCUUCUUUUUUGACCUCCACAUACUGGUGUGCAUGUUCCCGGCCGGUAUCUGGAUCGUCAUGAAACACCUCACUGACGAGAGGGUCUUCCUGGUGCUGUACGCUGUGACAGCGGUGUACUUUGCUGGAGUGAUGGUUCGACUAAUGCUCACCCUCACACCUAUUGUCGUCAUUCUGGCGUCCAUUACCAUCUCACAUACUCUCGACAACUACAUGAAGCCUGUUUUCUCUCAGAACAAAGAUGAAAAUGGCAAGCGAUCGUCAGAGGAGGAGAAGAGUUCAAAAGAGAGUCUCGAAAGUGCUGCCGGGGAGGAGGGGCAAGGAAAGGCAGUAAAAGAACGAAAGAAGAAGGGGAAAUUGGACAAGACUGAGGGAAAAGUUAUUUAUGACAAAUCAAAACACUCCAAAUCCAAACAAAAGGACACCGCGUCUAAAGCCUCUAUUGACCCCGCCCACCAGACGAGUGAGUUUGCAAACUCUACGAACAUUGGCUCCAUAGUGAUCCUCCUCCUGAUGAUGUUCUUGGUGCUGUUUGCGGUCCACUGCACCUGGGUCACUAGCAACGCCUACUCCAGCCCCUCCGUUGUGUUGGCCUCCUCCAAUCCGGACGGGUCUCGUAACAUUCUUGAUGAUUUCCGUGAGGCUUACUUCUGGCUUCGACAGAACACUCCUGACGACGCCUCGGUCAUGUCUUGGUGGGAUUAUGGAUACCAGAUCGCAGGCAUGGCAAACAGGACUACACUGGUGGACAACAACACUUGGAACAAUAGCCACAUAGCCUUGGUCGGCAAAGCCAUGUCCUCCACUGAGGACAAGGCGUACCCGAUUAUGAGAAUGUUGGGAGUGGACUACGUGCUGGUGAUAUUCGGAGGGAUGAUUGGUUACUCUGGUGACGACAUCAACAAGUUCUUGUGGAUGGUGCGGAUAGCUGAGGGGGAACACCCUCAAGACAUUAAGGAGUCCAACUACUUCACGCCCCAGGGCGAGUUCCGAGUGGAUGCAGCUGGUUCACCCACCCUCCUCAACUGCCUUAUGUACAAACUGGCCUAUUUCAGAUUUGGAGACGUUCAAUCAGGGUUCAACUCUCCUAGUGGUUAUGACAGAACACGAAAUGUGGAGAUCGGAAACAAGAACAUUAAAUUACACCACUUAGAGGAGGCAUACACAAGUGAACAUUGGCUCGUUAGGAUCUACAGGGUUAAAGACUUGGAGAAUCGGGAUAAGCUGCAGAAACAACUAAGAGCAGUUAAAACUAAGCGACGAUUCUAUCCCAAAAAGACAUCCAGCAAGAAGCGAGGAACGAUCAGAAACAAGUCUCAGGUCGCAAAGGGAAAGAAGGCAAAGAAAUCAACAAGGAACAAGAAUUCAAGAAAAGUGUAGAACCUGUUGGCACUUUUAGUAACCUUUAUAGUGCACGUUUAGAUUUAUUAUACGUGUAUUUAAACACAAUAGUUAUGUUAUAAUUAUUAUAUAAAUAGGAGUGUCACAAUAAUUAUUAUGCUCAAAAUUAUUAAUAAAUUAUUUACAUGUAUAA